AUGCAGUUGAGUGAUGCUGUCUUGGUCACUUUCUCCCUCUCUCAGACUGGAAUUGGACUCCUGGGGAACAUAACACUUUUCACAGUGUACAUCCGCAUCUUCAUUUGUUGCCCUCAGCAGAGGAAGUCCACGGACCUGAUCCUAACACAGCUGACAGUCAUCAACUCAGUGACACUUCUCACCCAGGGGGUCCCAGUGUUGAUGUUCCUCUUUGACGUGGAGAAUAGUCUUGGUAACAUUGGGUGUCAGAUCCUGGUCUACACCAGGAGAGUGUUCCGGGGUCUUACUAUCUGUACCAUGUGUCUUCUGAGCGUGUUCCAGGCCGUCACUAUCAGUCCCAGCACUUCCCACUGGGCCCGACUCAAAUACCGGGCCCCCAAGUGCAUCCUCCCUUCCCUGCUCUUCUUCUGGAUCCUCCACCUCUUCAUGUAUGCUAAUGUGUGGAAAACCACUGUAGCCAGCAAAAAUGUCACUCUCCCAGUUAACAAGUAUAAUCUAAAAUACUGUACCAAUGUAUUCUGGUUAAGUUAUUUAACUGAUGUUGUAUUUCUAAGUGUUAUUACCUUCCGAGAUAUCUUCUUUGUGCUCUUCAUGACCUGGGCUAGUGGCUACAUGGUGAUCGUGUUGCAUCAACACCACAAGCAAGUCCAGCACAUCCACAGCACCAGCCUCUCCCCCAGAUCUUCCGCAGAGAGCAGAGCCACCCAGACCAUCCUGCUCCUGGUCACUUGCUUUGUGUCCAUCUACUGGAUCACCAGCAGCAUCACACUCUCUUUCAUCUUUGUGGAGGAAAACUUCAAGCUGAAUGAUACUGUAGCUUACCUGAGUGCUGGUUACCCCUCCCUCUGUCCAUGGGUGCUGAUUGGCAGUGAUCCCCGGGUCCCCAAACCUCACUGUUUCCUCAGGAAGGUUCAAGGUCCAUCCCCACCUCCGGCUCUCAAUUAUGGACAACAGAACAGCUCCUCGCCCUGUUCUCUGGUCACAGCCACAGGAUAA